CUCCCGCCUCCCAUUGGCUGCUCGCUGCAGCCGCAGCCCCUGAGAAUGAAUGAAAUUGAAAUAGCUGCUACAUUACAUGUACAAUACCGGGCUCUGCGGUGUUGCAUUCUAUCAUACUAUUAUCAAAAUGGCCACAGCGGUGCAGAACCCUCUCAAAUCGCAAUCUGGAGGUGCAGUCAUCAAGAACAGUCUUGGUGAGGAGUUUUACAAGGAGGCCAUUGAACACUGUCGCAGCUACAACGCCCGUCUGUGUGCAGAGCGCUCCAUGAGACUCCCCUUCCUGGACUCCCAGACCGGUGUGGCCCAGAGCAACUGCUACAUCUGGAUGGAGAAGAACCACCGUGGACCAGGUCACGCUCCGGGUCAGUUGUACACAUAUCCCGCUCGCUGCUGGCGCAAGAAGAGACGGCUAAACAUCUUGGAAGACCCGCGGCUUCUACCGAUUGAGUUCAAAAUUGACUACGAGGCUUCUCUAAAGAAAGAGGGGGGGAUCCCAGACGGUCCUGUGCUGGAGUCGCUGCUUGCUGGUGAAACUCUGGACAAGAAGGUGGAAACCAAGGAAGAGGAGCCGAUGAGUGAAUGUCAGAAGCUGCUCGUUGGGGAUUUCCCUCAUGAACUGGAGGUGGACGACAUAGAAGAAGACGUGCCGAAGCGCAAGAACCGUACCAAAGCACGGGCCUAUGGUGUUGGAGGCAUGAGAAAGAGACAAGAGCUGCCCACCAUUGAAGACAGAGAUAAGCCUUACGUCUGUGACAUCUGUGGAAAACGAUAUAAGAACCGCCCAGGCCUGAGUUACCAUUACACUCACACACACUUGGCUGAUGAAGAGGGUGAAGAAGACUCGGAGCGACACACACUGCCCUUCCAGCGCAAGAGCAACCACAAACCCAAGAAAGCAGCGGAUGGCUCAGUCAUAGCAAACGGCUACUGCGAUUUUUGCCUCGGAGGCUCAAAGAAGACGGGCUGUCCUGAAGACCUGAUCUCCUGUGCGGACUGUGGACGCUCAGGACCAGCUGUUGUUCUGUGAUGAUUGUGACAGAGGCUACCACAUGUACUGUCUGAGCCCACCCAUGUCUGAACCACCAGAGGGGAGCUGGAGCUGUCAUCUGUGUCUGAGGCAGCUGAAGGAGAAGGCUUCGGCCUACAUCACCCUCACUUAAUCUGCAGAGCUCAUCUUCUUGGCCUUUUAUCCUCUCCCAAACCACCUCUCUGUCUGCUCCAGCACACUCACCUCUCCCCUUCUACUGAUCUGCUCACCACGACUCGCUCCGCAAUCUGUUCCCCGUGAUCCUCGGCGUGACCGAGCACUCAGACUCCACACAGCGGCUGCACCCACUCUUUAACAUCUCUCCAGCGGCAAGCCGUCCUCCGUCCUCUUGUCACUGAAACUCCCUUUUGUGCUCGACCUGAACCUCAGCCCCCCCGCCACCUCCUCCUCAUCGUCUCUGCUCCAUCUCAGCAGAGGGAUUCAUCAGCUGGCAAUAAGUUUGCUAGCAAGACCCACACUUCAGGCCGUCAAGGGCACUUCUGAGGCAUACCACUCCACAGGAAACCUGCAUAAGGGCCCUCGGACGAGCCCUAAUGAUCUUCAGCUGCAACUCCGUCAAGUGGUGAGGAUGGAUAAGAUGGUGUUUGGGAGAGGACAAUGCAGUGAAGAGCCUGGAUAACCAUGGAGCCGCGUGUUUCAUUGUUUGCCAACUGUGAAAUGUACACAAGACCAAAAUUUCAUUUAGCCCUUUCUGUCCUGGCAUAGCCGAGACACUAAACUCUCUUCUGGUGUUUGUCUGCAGGGCUCUCUGCCCUGUGAAGUUUCCAAUGAAGAAGUGAAUUGUACAGAAUUAAGACUGCUUUUUAAAUGGCACACUCAUGAACAAACUCUCCUCAGUGGUAAAUAAGGAUCAUGUGGUCAGGGUCUCGGAUCAUCUCUGGCCUCAGCCUGUCCUCUCUCCAUGCAUGGGGUUCCCACAACGUUUAACGGGGCAUUCUGGGACUGACGCCGGAGGUUUUAGUGCAUGGACGUUGGUCUCCUGAUGAAACGAGAGGAGGCGAUCAGAUUUCUCAGAUCAAACUGUGUAUUUAGGAAUAACAAUUUAGGUUUAGCAUUUGUCCCAAGCUGCCCCACCCCCGCGUGGCCCUGUUCUCAUCCUGCCGGUCCAUGAAACCAUGACUGUGAAGCCAAUGCAAGACUGACACACUCCUGGUGCUCGGUGUGUUUCAUGUUCAGAAUGUAGGACUGGUGUGUGUAAGCUGCAGAUGUUUGUCCCACACAUGUCGAGGCCUAAAAACACUUUUUUAAAUAUAUUUCUUUUUUAAUUACGUCCAAAUGCAUGUAGUUAAGUGUUUUGAAGAACUUUGAAUUCAAACGGAAAGGAAAGCACACUUAAUUCGCAAUAACGUGUUUGUGAGACGAACUCUUUUGUCAGCCUUGUGUGUGCCUGUGUCUGUUUGUGUGAGUUCAUUUGGCACUAGCUGUAGUAAGUUUUUAUUUUUAUUUUUAUGUUUUUGAGAGGACAGGUGUUACGAAUGUAAGGAGAAUCAGCGUUUACCCAUUCAGGCAGGCUGGUUGAGGUCGGGUUUUGGCACUAAAGAAAUUUGCAAACUAUGGAAUCCCUGGAAGUUGUGACUCCACUACAUCAGUAUAGUUUGCUACAUGAUUUAAUUUUUGAGAAGGGGGUUCACCUGCAUUGCUUUCACAAAAAAAAAAAAAAACAUUAAUUGGAAUUUUUAAAUGAGGUACCAUCCAGACUGAAAGAGGCUGUUUCCUUCAGGUCCUGAUCUAAUGCUUCUCUCUCUGAUAGCUGUGGUUUUGGCAGAAUUUGUAUAAAACAUUACUUUGAGGUAAACACGAUGAGUCAUUCCUUAAAUAUUUUCUCCAAUAUCCUUUUUUAUUAAUAUUAUUGUUUUUACUGAAUAACAACAAAGAAAACCCAUCGGUUUGGUCAUUUUCUUUGGAACUAUUUCCGUGGGGACAGUUUUUGUUGACGUCUUUUUAGGUGCUGCUGAGGAGAUUUUAACCCAUUCUUAAAGCAAAUGGCCUCAAUUUCUAAAUGUUUCUUGCUCCAUCUUGGCUUCAUUAUUCUUUCAGGACUUUUUUUUUUAUUUCCAGUGACAUUUAGGUUGAAAGAUUGUGAGGCCAUGUCACAUGCUUUUGACUGAACCUCAGUGAAUGUGUUUAGUGUCUCCAUCCUGUAGAAGCCAUACAGUUUAUAUUUCCAGCUCUUCCCCCCACCCCAGGAAUUCUGUUUAUUUUUGGACUUUGCUGCUAUUUCUUUCUACUUCUACCACCGAUUGCAACAUAAACUCAAAUCAUGAUCAGUCCACCCUAAACCUAACAUCUAAAAAAUAAGAAUAGUCUUCUUGAACUUCUUAACUUUUUUUUCCAGCUCAGCCAAAAUGUUUCAGAUUCUGAUGUUUCUGAUUUUUAAAAUUAUUUUUAUCCAAAAAUAUUUCAUAGUUUCCUGGUUUUGCAUGAACCACGACAAAAAUGAAGCCGGUUUUGUCUCAGUCUCAUUGCUGUUUAACUUUAAUUUUGUGAUGAAAAAUUUAUAACUGGCAAAAAAUUGUAAACGUAAAAACAAAAUAGGUCACAAUUAUUUUGGGAGCAGCCAAGCAAAGCUCUUUUGUCUACUUUGUAAAAUGACAUUAAUGUGGACACUCCUGUCACUUCUGGCACAUCAUGUAUGGAGGUAGAAAUGGUGCAAAUGUCAGCUGCAGAAUUUUGAUCUGGAAUUUGUAAAAAUUUGAUUUGAGAGUUGAGCAUUUGUAGUGUCAGAUUUGAGAAGUUGUACCUUUGAGUAGUAGCUGUGCUUAAUAUAUAGACACAAAUUUGAAAAAUACACACAAGUCUGUAACUCAUUAUAUUUGUGUAAAGCUAAAUUUACAUGUGCGUGACCAUUUUCUCUGACUUUACAUUCACAAAAUAUUUGUGUAAAGCAUCUGAAAUUUUUUAAUGCAAGUACACGUUUUUUUCUACAGAUGCAUAAAUCAAACUUUUCACAUGUUACAAAUUAAAAAAUUCAAGGUGACUUUUGCAACAUAUCUACCUUCAUAGUCAUGGUAUCUCACCGUGACAAAAAUGUUUGUUAUAAACAAAGAAAAAAGACCUUUAAAAACAAACUUAUCCCUUAAUAACAUCUUUAAGAUGUUUUUGUGUGACACAUUUGCUCGUCUUUACCUCCACUGUUUCAGUAAUUGGCAACUAUUUUAUAAUUAUGACAUUGUGAACAACAUUUCUGCUUGCCCAGCAUCACUUUUAACUUUUUUUGGAGCAACCUACAAGCUGCUACAAAUACUAAUUACUGUGUGUCAAAAUUUUCAUGCAUAAUUGUUUCAAUCACUCAAACAAUACAUCUUGAUUAAAAAAGAAAGCAUUACAUCAGUCUUGCUUAGAGGAUUCCUCAAAACAAGUUUUAAUAUGAAAUUUUAUGAGACUAAAUGUUGAUUUAUUUUAGAAUUUCUCAACAAAAUAAAAACACCAUGCUCCUCUGGUUUUAACGUCAAAUUAAAAAAAAACAUUUGCGCUUCAGUAAUUUAUAUGGCAGAGGCUUCCUGUAUACAUUCUUCCACAGUUUAAUUAUAUUGUGACUUGUUGUGGAUAAACUAAAAUUUGUUGUUAGUUGCAGCAUUUUCUUUGUUUGUGUUCUGCAAACCAUGAAGCUUCUACAAUAGAAAGUGAAAUAAUGAAGAUUUUCUGCCUCCUGCUCGUCCACGCUGCAUGUCAGAGACACGUUUAAAUCAAAGUGAGAGCUUAAUAUAUCAGCAUGCAUUUUUCAGCCUGAACUAAGAAUAAAAUAUAAAUCUAAUUUUAAAACCUCUUGCUUUAUCCUCAGUCAGUUUAACUGGACUCUAAAGGCCACUUUAUUGGGCAAGCUUGAUCAGUGAGGCGCAGGUCCGGAGUUUGGAGGAUGUUUUAGAAACUUGUUCCAGCUGACAAGAAUGAGUUUGUGUAUCUGUACGCUUUGAGCUUGACGACACAAUCUGUAAAUAUUAAAAUGACAACAAAUUGUUCUUUCAUGCAGUAUUUGACAUUCUAGUGUUCUCACUCCCUGAUGGGCACCAGCUCCCCACGACCUGGAAAAGACAAACAGGUAAAGAUGAUGGAUGGAUGUUCAAAGAGCGAGAAACUGCUUCAAUUUAGUCAACAUUGAUUUGAGUAAACAUUUAUUUUUAUUGUUGCAUCAUAAAAAAGAGAAAGAAAACUUUUACUCCUUAAAGGUUGUGUUUCACCUGGACUCUGUAACGCCACUCUUACAUAAAUGAAAAAUGUUAGUAUUAUUUUCAUACAGGAAUGCGUUUUACAGAAUGACUUUGUUUGCUUUAAUUUAUUGUGUUUGUGCUUGUGUGUCGUUGCAUUUUGCACAGUGUGACUGCUCCAUUAGUUUGUUAAUGGCUCGGUGUGUCAGUGUGGUUACACAUGAAACCAUUUCUGAAGGGUCAGUGAAAAGGCGAAGUGAACCAAAAUAUUGUUGUUGUUGAUUUUGUUGUUGGUUUGUUUUGUUUUUGUGGACUCGGGUGCUUGGUACGGCACACCUGGGGGCUCUGAUGUUGACUCACUUUCAGCUGAAGUGUACUUGAGUGUAAAGAAUUCACAGUUGAAUUGCACUGUUUCAGAGGUGUACAGUAGCUAAGUACAUUUACUUUGUUACAGUACUUUACUAAUUGUUUUUAGGAUUUUUAAUUUCAUUAAGUAUUUUUUAAU